AAAACUACGUAGUUAAGGUUAAUGAUUGAUUUUAUUGAAAAAUGACGAAUAUUUGUAUCUUUUUUUAAGAUAAGAACACAUUUCGAAUUACACAAUUUGGGUUCCCUUUGAUUUGGGAGUCCACUGACCAACUAAACCGUCGUUACGGUAACGCGAUGGCGGUCUUUUUGUUCUGGAAUUUAUACGAGUUCAGCGCAGUGUUCAAAGGGAAAAUCAUGUACCCUAGCAACUUAAUGCCAAAAGAGAGUAGUUGCCAUCAAGGUCAGGAUGUGGAGCAAGAGUCCUUUGAAUUUUCCAGUUGAUUUUCGCUAUGGAAGUAGAUGAAGAGCGCCGUGGAACAAUGGUAUCUGGUAAACCUCCUAGAAUACCCAGUAAGAGCAAGCGACAUUCGCUUCAGACAGGAGAAUCGAUAACACAAUUCAAUAAGCUGACACGACAUUCCAGUCAGCCGAAACUGCGACGAGAUGAGCCGAGCAUUACAGGUUCGCUUUCGAAUUUGACUCUCGAUAACUCUCGGCGCGCCGCGAGUUUGGCUCAACUGAACUCACUGAAAGCUACGGGUAAAACAUUGAGUGCCAGCAACCUAGCUGCGUUAUCAGAUACAAACUUAUCGCUUAAAGAGGCCGUCCUUCCACGCAGUUAUGACCAACCGAAUACUAGUUUUGCGGUUGUGAAAAGACAAUUUGAAGAACUUGUGCAACGGUAUUUCUACCAGCUGACGGUAGGAUGUGGUAGUGACAGUUGUACAAAUAGAUUUUGUUAUUCUGGUGAGUUAGCGAGUAGUUUCACCCCACAACUGGCUGCGAUUGUAAGCAUUGAGCUUGCAUCCCGUAAUAGAAAGUAUUUCUGUGUUGAUAAUCAGAGAAAAAGAUUUCCAGAGAAAUUAUUUGAGGGUGAGCCAGACAAACCACGACCUUUCCUUCAUUGUUUAUUCAGCACAACUCCAUUCCAGACAUUGUUUACGCAGCCAGAGGGUGUUGGAUUGGCUGUUCUGGGACGGACCAAUAGUGUUGCUAGUUUGAUAGGCUCAAUGGGCAAUCUCCAUGCUAUGAGUAAGGAAAUAUCACUUGCAAGGACAAGCCUCUCAAAUCAAAGUCAUUCCGACAUUUUCUCUUCUCAAUUGAGGGACAUUGUUAGUGGUCAAUUUGAUGGCAAAGUACGCAGUUUCCAUGCCUCUAAAGACAGUUUAGUUACAGCACAAGACUUGGGUUCCAUUUCAGUAUUGAGAAGAAACUCUGAUGUGACUUCAUCAAAGCAUAAUCUAUCUGGCAAUUUGGUGACUAAUUUGACUGAUAUUCCUCCUGAAUUAUUAGCCUCAACAUCAUCGCUAAAUGAGUUCUCAACUAUUGAGGAUUUUGAGAAAGAGUGUGCUCUUGAGAUGUCCCCAACAUACAUACAAGAGUUUUCCUUAACCCACCUCACAUUGCCAACAUUGGAAUCAAGCAUUGAGAACUACAACCAAUGCAAAGAUCCUGCAUUCCUUCUAAAUACAAUACGGACAGUUUUCAGCUCUAUUCAGGCUCUUAAUGAGAGCUUCAAAAAGGAGAGCUAUCAUGAAUCCACUGAACUUGAUGUUUCCGCUGUCCAUAAAGCUUAUGAAAUGCUACUAGCACUUGAGCCUCAGGAAGCAUUUGCUGGUCCAUUACUCAAUGCCACUGAGAUCCAUCUAAUAACACUUUCAUCACAAGUUGUGAAGGUAGAUGAGGUUCAACAGCUAGUGAUUCUUAUGGAAAAUCCUCUACUUCACAAAUCCCAGGACUUGUUACGUAAGCUGUGCCAAGUGUUGAAUGCGUUGCCGCCAGGUUCAAAAGAAGCUCUUACUGGAAUUCUAGCACAAUAUGACCAUGAAAAUUUCUCAAGACUUACAAGGGUAUUUUGUGGGUUCCUUGGAAGUCAUGUCCACCCCAGCCAGUCAUCUGAGUCACACUUGAUGGAGAUCUGCAAAGUCAUUGGUAUCUUUUUUGAUGCAUACAAAGUCAUACAAGGCUCUUCGAGACCUGACAAGACCUCUUUCCAGCUCUCUGUGUUCUACUGCGAUGAGCUCUCAAAGAAGCUUGACUUCAAAAAGGAGUAUGGCAACUGGCAGAUGGCAAGAAGGCUUUCCAAGCUUCCUGGUUAUUCUACAGACAAGGAUAGUCUCUGCAUCUUGGAUUUUCCUUUUUUGCUUGACCCUGCCUCAAAGGUCAGAGUUAUGCACAUUGAUGCGGUAUGGCAGAUGCGCGUGGAGUACCAGAAUGCUAUAGUUCACCAGGCACGGGUACAGCAAGUGCAGAGGAUCUUUGAGGAGACAGAGAAAAGCAAGAAGCUAAACGAUGGAGUCAAGGCUGCCAUGUGCCCUUUCCUGGUGUUAGAAGUGCGCAGGGACCACCUCAUCAGGGACACACUUAGCCAGAUUCACCUCAAGGAAUAUGAUUUAAAGAAACCACUGAAGAUUAAGUAUGUUGGUGGCGGGGAGUUGGGCCUUGACAUGGGUGGACUUCAGAAGGAGUUCUUCCACAUGAUUGUUGAUAGCAUCUUUGAACCAGGAUAUGGUAUGUUUACCUACAUUGAGGAGAGUCGAACCAUGUGGAUCAAUGGGGAAUCCUUUGAAUCUCUAAAAGAAUUUGAGUUAGUUGGCAUUGUGCUUGGCCUGGCCAUUUAUAAUGGCAUCAUCCUGGAUAUUCACUUCCCCCAAGUUAUCUACAAGAAGCUUCAAGGCCAGACCCCAAGUCUUGAGGAUUUGAUUGGCGUUCAGCCAUCACUAGGCAACAGCCUGAAGCAGCUUCUUGAGUAUGAGGGGGACGUGGAAGACACAUUCUGCUAUACUUUCCAGGUAUCAGCCAUGUCAUAUGGUAAGGUCUGUGACCGUGAGCUCAUCCCAAAUGGUGCUGAGGUUCCUGUCAAUAAUGAAAACCGUGAAGAGUUUGUCCAUCGGUACGUCAAGUACCUCCUGGUUGACUCUGUUGCCAAGCAGUUUGAUGCCUUCUCAGCUGGCUUCCACAAGGUCUGUGGUGGCUCCGCCCUCACCCUGUUCUGUGCGGAUGAGCUGGAACUACUCAUCUGCGGUCACCAUGUCCUGGACUUCAGUGACCUUGUAUUGGCUGCUUCAUACGAUGAUGGCUACUCAGCACAGCACUCCACCAUCAAGAUGUUCUGGAAUGUGUUUAAUGAGAUGACUAACCACCAGAAGAAAGCCCUUCUGAUGUUUGUCACAGGGAGUGACAGAGUUCCACUCAAGGGGCUGUCCAACUUGACAUUUAUCAUCCAGAAGCAUGGCCAAGAUUCAGAUAGACUUCCUACGGCAAUGACAUGCUUCAACAGGCUUCUCCUCCCUGAAUACACAAGCCCAAAGAGGCUGAAAGAACGUUUGAUUGUGGCAAUCGAGAAUUCCAAAGGGUUUGGUCUAACCUAGUGUGAAGGAAUGUAUGCUAGUUGUUUGGACCACGUCAGUGCUCAAGUCCCUGGCCCCAGAUUCUCAAAUGUCGCAUUUGGCACAUUGGCUUUGGCCUGUCAGUGAUCUAAGACAGGACCGGCCCAGGGGGCACAGGAGGCAUGUGAUCCCACCACAAAUAUUAAAAAAAUAUAUAUAAAGGAAAUGACUAGUAGGGGCAUUGCUGUGGCCCUAAAUACUCUCAUAAUGUUUCUUUAUCAUGCCUAUUGCGACCUAAUUGAUAUUCAUAAACGAAGUCCAAAGCACAUGCUAAAUAAACAAUGCGCUGAGUUGAGUGGGGUCCCUGUGGGCCUGCUUCGUAAGAGACAUGAGAGUUGCAUAAAGCACUGUGAUCUUGGCUUGUCAGUAAUCUAAAAAGAAUCUAAAAAGAAAUUAUAAUUGAUAGUGCCCUCCAAAAGUAGGUCUUACAUCUUUUUACUGGUGGCUAAAGACAAACCCAAAAGACAUAAUAAUUUAUCCUCAAAUCAUAGGUAUAAUAUGAAUUAAAGAAUGUCCAUUACAGGUAUUUGCUAACUAUUUUGCUAUUGUACCAAGAGAUACUGUAUUUUCCUACUAACUAUUUUGCUAUUGUACCAAGAGAUACUGUAUUUUCCUACUAACUACUGAUUAUGAAAAGAGAAUAGUAUACUUAACUUAUUGACCUGGUAUUGGUACUGUACAUAGACAGAAUUAUGUAUAUUAAAGAGUGUGUUGUGUUAA